AUGGACGCCUACCCCCCCGAACUAGUCACGCACGAGACGCCCCUGCUCAUCGUGUCGGGCCUGGGCUCCCCCGAGCGCCACUCGCCGCCAGCCACCUACCCGCAGCUCGAGCAGAACGGCUCGCUGGUCGCCUGUGCCGUCGCGCCCGUCACCACGCCCGCCGGAGAGCUGCUGCUCGACUGCUUCCUCAAGACCGACUGCUCGGGCAUCUGGGCUGCCCGGCCCACGGAGCGCCAGAAGCCGCAGGCACCGGCGUGGAGGAUCAGGGCUGUGGGGAGGGACUACACGCUCCCGCCGCGCAAAGCCAGCCCGCCCGCCGACGAGCACUUCGCCACGCCGCUCGAGGGCCCGCCCACGCGCAUCCACGCGCUGCACUCGCCGCUCUCGCCGCUCUCGCCCUCCGCGCCGCUCUACCCCGACGGCGUGCUCACGCCGCUCUGGCUGCGCAAGCACCAGGCGCUGCUGCCCGCCGCCUUCUGCGCCGCCUACGAGCUGUACACCGACACCAACGACGGCCCGCUGCAGAACCAGCACGACAACGCGCUCAUCGCCGCCAUCAACCACCAGAAGCGCUUCUUCGCGCCGCCGGGCUCCUCCCCCGCGGCAAUCAGCAGCGACGACAUCCGGUCGCCCGCCUUCCGCAGCCGCUUCGUCGUCGCGCUGCUCUCGGAGAAGAGCAUCCUCUCGUCGCCGCGCAUCGACGAGCGCCUGAGCUACAUCAAGCGCAGCACGGGCCUGGUCCCCGGCAUCACGUUCUUCUUCCUCCCCGCGCACUCGUCGCCCGUCGAGGUGCACCAGUUCGUGGCCACCCUCCUCACCACGCUCCACCCGCACGCAAUCGACUACUACCGCGAGCUCUCAAAACACACCCGCCGCAAGCGCAACCGCGGCUCCGUCCCGCCGCCCACCGUCCCCUCCUCGCGCGCCCUCUCCCUGCACGCCUGGUCCCUCCGCUACGAGCUCAAGCUCGCCGUCUUCGCCGAGUUCCGCCAGGAGCUCGACGUGGCAGCACGCAGCUACGAGGCCGCCUACGAAAAGCUCUUCUCGGAGGUCUUCGAGACCACAACCUCCUGGAGCGAGCGCUGGACCGAGGCCCGCCUCCUCGCCGACACGCUCACGCUGCGCAUCGUGCGCUGCCACCUCUGGAACGAGCAGUACACGGCCGCCAAGCGCCGCUGGGGCCUGCAUGUGGCGCAGAUGGCGGCCGUGCUGGACCGCAAGGGGCUGGGCACGGAGACGUAUGGGUUUUCCGCGUGGAUGGCGCGGUGGAACCGAUGCCUUGCGGAGCUGCUGCAGGCCGCGAGCCUGCCCGUGUUGGCGCCGGUCGUGCCGCCGGCCCGCGGGUCCCUGCUGGAUGUGGACGGCGUGCGCGAGGCGCAGGCGCUGUAUGUCGGCGGCGAGAAGGGGGCGGCGUCGGUGGGCGGCGUCGGCGAGCGCAUGGGGGCCGCCGACUACCUGCACCAUCCGGGGUUCUACUACCUCGCUGCCGCGGAGCAUCUGGGGGAGCGGGCGCGGCGGGGCAAGCGCGUGAGCGUCGGCGCGAAGGAGAGUAGCUAUGAUACGUAUCUGUGUCUUCCGCCGUCGGAGGAGGUGGCGUGGGAGGGCGAGGGCCCGCGGAUCGCGCUGCUGGGGCUGGCGCGGCGGGAGUUUGAGGCAAGGGGACAGCGGCGCAUGGCGUGUGGGGUGCUGUAUAGUGUUGCGAAGCUGCGGAUGGCCGCGGCGGGGCGGAGCGGCAAGGGGUGGGGGGAGGCGCUGAAGGAUUUGAGGGCGGCGGCCGGGGUGUAUCGGCGCGAGGGGUGGUGGGAGGUGCUGGAGGAGGUGCUGUGGGGGGUGGUGGAGUGUGGGAGGAAUAGUGGCGAUGGGGGGAGCGUGGUGGUGGCGGGGUUGGAGCUGCUGUGUGGGGAGGUGUUUAGAGAGAGGAGGGGGUGGAGGUAUGAUCUGGGGCAGUGUCUGGCUGGCAUUGAGGCGGUGAAGGUGCGGCCGACGAUGGUGGUGAGGGGGGGGGAUGUUGUGAGCUUUUUGACCGCAACCUACACCUUCUCCACCCCCAAAGUGCACGUCGGCGACCUCAUCACCUCCCAGCUCUCCAUCACCUCCACCGCCCACCCCUCCUCCACGCCCAUCACCUUCACCGAACUCAAGCUCACCUUCGAAGGGCCCCUAAAGCCCAUCCACUUACACCACUCCUCGUCCUGCGUCCCUCCACCCACCACCACAACCAGCACAGUAACAAAACUCGACCUCAAAAACAAGCUCACGGAGCAGCACCCCACCCCCGACGCACCCUCGUUCCUGACCGCCGACACAGACCUGACCCUCGCCCCCGGCGAAACCAAGGUCUUUGAGCUGGCCGCCGUCCUGCGUGAGGCCGGCGACGCGAAGGCUGUCUGCGCGACGUUCGGGUUCGUGUCGGACGGAUUUGAGCUCGACUUUAUGAUCAUGCUUGAGGCGGACGAGGAGGAGGGGGGCGUGCAUGUUCUGCCGAGCGCUGCCGCGCGGCGGCGCCAGGUCACGGCGAAUGGAGGGAGUGGGGCGUGGUGGAUCGAGGCGCCUGCUGAUAAGAAGGCUGGUGGGGAGGGGGAGGGGGUGGUAGAGUUGAGGAGGAAGCCGCUGAGGGCGGUGGAGCCGGGGAGGGUCGAGAUAUUGCCGAGGCCGCCGAAGAUGGAUGUGACGGCGCGCAGCGCGGUCGUGGGCGAUGUGUAUGUGAAUGAGAUUGUGAGGAUUGAGUUUGGCGCGUGUAAUGGGGAGGACGAGGAGGCGGUUGUUGGGGUUGAGGUUAAGAUUUUGGGGUGGCCCGGGGAAGAGCCACCAAAGAUAACCUGGCUCUCCCCCGACUCCGCCACCGCCGAACAGCUCGCCACAACCGCGCACUACCCCCUCGGCCGCCUGCCGCCUGGCGCCUCCGCAAAGCGUACCUUCACCUUCCCCUCGCCCUCCGUCCCCGCCGACUGCGCCAUCGAGAUCACAGCGCACUACCACCUCGUCUCCGACCCCGAGACCCCCAUCUCCAAGCCCGUCGUCGCCGAAAUGCCCGUCAUCAACCCCUUCCGCACCAGCUUCGACUUCUCGCCGCGCGUGCACCCGGCCCCGUGGCCCGACUACUUCUCGCUCCCCGACGACCUGGCCCCGGACAAGCCGCUGGGAAUAACGCAGCGCUGGGCCCUCACCGUCACUAUCGCCGCGCAGGGCGAGGGCACGCUGCACCUCACUGACUGGGCACUGCCCAUCCAUGCGGUGUCUGGCGGCAUCGUUGCGACCGUUGUUGCUGACACCGUCGACCCCCCAGUGCAGAAAGACCUGAAUAGUGGGGCGCCGGCGACGCUCACGUUCUUGCUCGACGUGCAGAAGCUGUCGCUUGAAGACCGGCGCGCGGCGAGCGCGGAUGUGGCGCUGCAGCUGAGCUGGCGGAGGACUGACACGGCGCCGGAGUGGCCGGAGGUCACGAACACCACUGUUCUGCCGGUGCCGCGGCUGCCGGUGCCCGGGAGCGAGCCGCGGGUGCUGGCCGCCGUUGUGUCGGCCCCCGCGCCCGUGUCGCCAGUCGUGUCGGACGACGAGGCGCCGCAGCGGGUGGGCGGCAGGGCGCGGGCACGGACGACGUCGAGCCUGAUCCCGACGCCGGCGGCGGGCGAGGCGGAUGUGCCCGGGGUGCUGCACCUCCAGUAUGUGCUUGAGAACCCGACGAACUAUUUUUUGACGUUUAGCGUGGUGAUGGAGGCGAGUGAAGGGUUUGCGUUCAGUGGGCCGAAGCAGACGGUUGUGCAGGUGCUGCCGGUGGCGAGGGUGGCGCUGGGGUAUCGGCUGUUUGUGUAUCGCGCUGAUGCGGCGGCGAUGGGGGUGAAGGAGGAGGGGAAGGAGGGGAAGGAGGGGAAAGAGGGGAAGGGGAAGGGGGGGGAGAGGAGGGGGGGGGAGAGGGGCGUGUGGGUGAGGCCUGCGUUGAGGGUUGUGGAUCGAUAUUUUAAUAAGACGCUGAGGGUGAGUCCGGGGAGUGAGGGCGUGGGGAUGGAUAAGAAUGGGGUUAUGGUGUGGGUGCCGACUGGGGAGGUGGAGGAGGGGGGGAAGGUGGUGGAGGGGGUGGUGUAG